GCGUGAGAUUGCGUCUCGAACUGACAUUUUCGUAUCUGCCAAUCGGCUUGAAAAAAAGCAGAAGCAUUUUCGCUAUUUCGUCAAAAGAUUGUGCGUGCGAACGAUUAAAUCCCACAACCAGUAGGGAAGUGAAGCGUAACACCAUAUACAGCGAGGAAACGAUUCUAGCAAAGUGCACUGCAAACGCCCAGUACCGGAUCUACACGCACCGCUCGCAGGACACGUUCGAUUGCAGCAGCCCCCAGUUCAGACGGUGAAAGAGUAGGAAACCUAGGAGGAAUAAAACAUGGCUGCCAGUGCGAGCGGUGAUAAAGCAGCGGAUGAUUCACUGUACCCGAUUGCUGUGUUGAUAGAUGAGUUGAAAAAUGAAGAUAUUCAGCUGCGCCUGAACUCGAUCAAGAAACUAUCGACAAUUGCCCUAGCCCUGGGCGAGGAACGCACCCGCAAUGAGCUGAUCCCCUUCUUGACGGAGUCCAUCUACGACGAAGAUGAGGUGCUGCUGGCAUUGGCCGAACAGCUCGGUAACUUUAUUCCGCUGGUUGGCGGGCCCGAAUUCGCGAUGUAUUUAAUUCCACCGCUAGAAUCGCUGGCCACGGUAGAGGAAACGGUGGUGCGCGAGAAGGCAGUCGAGUCGCUCCGUACCGUUGCCGGUCAGCACAGUGCGCAGGAUUUGGAGGUUCAUCUCGUGCCAACGUUGCAGCGUUUGGUUUCGGGCGACUGGUUUACAUCCCGCACGUCCGCCUGCGGUCUGUUUUCCGUGUGCUAUCCACGCGUGUCGGCCGCAGUCAAGUCGGAAUUGCGCAUUAACUUCCGUACGCUGUGCCAGGACGAAACGCCCAUGGUGCGCCGUGCUGCUGCUGGAAAGCUCGGCGAGUUUGCCAAAGUUGUCGAGCUGGAGUAUCUCAAGUCGGAUCUGAUCCCCACAUUCGUACAGAUGGCACAAGAUGAGCAGGAUUCCGUUCGGCUGCUGGCUGUGGAGGCGUGUGUUAGCAUCGCCCAGCUCCUUCCCCAGGAUGAGGUCGAACUCAAUGUCAUGCCAACGCUGCGCCAGUGCGUCAACGAUAACUCAUGGCGCGUCCGGUAUAUGGUUUCGGAGAAGCUAACCGAUUUGCAGAAGGCCGUCGGGCAGGAGAUUACCAAGAACGAUCUCGUCUCGGCCUUCCAGUUUCUGCUAAAGGAUAGUGAGGCCGAGGUGCGUGCCUCAGCCUCCGCCAAGGUGACCGAGUUCUGCGCCAACCUGGACAAAGCCUGCCAGGAACAGAUCAUUAUGACGUCGAUUUUGCCGUGCGUGAAGGAACUCGUCGCCGACUCGAACCAGCACGUCAAGUCGGCACUCGCGUCGGUCAUCAUGGGCCUGAGCCCGAUCGUUGGUCGCAACAACACGAUCGAGCAUCUGCUGCCGCUGUUCCUUAUCCAGCUGAAGGACGAAUGGCCCGAGGUGCGGCUUAACAUUAUUUCGACGCUUGACUGCAUCAACGAUGUGAUCGGCAUUCAGCAACUGUCGCAAUCGCUGCUGCCCGCCAUCGUAGAGCUGGCGGAGGACAGCAAAUGGCGCGUCCGUCUAGCCAUCAUCGAGUACAUGCCGCUGCUGGCCGGCCAGCUUGGACAGGAAUUCUUCAACCAGAAGCUGCGUGAUUUGUGCUUCAACUGGCUGAACGAUCACGUGUAUGCAAUCCGUGAGGCGGCCACACUGAACAUGAAGAAAAUUGUCCAAACGUUCGGCACUCAAUGGGCGGAAACGAACAUUAUCAAUCAAAUUUUGGUCAUGUACAAAAACAGUAACUAUUUGCACCGAAUGACCUGCCUAUUUUGCAUUAAUGCGCUGGCCGACGUCUGCGGUGCGGAUAUCAUCGAGCGGCUGUUCCUGCCGACCAUCAAAGUAUUAUCGACGGAUCCAGUUGCGAAUGUACGCUUUAACGUGGCGAAAACCCUACAGAAACUGUCGCCAUUCCUCGACCAGGCUGCCAUCGAUGAGCACGUGAAGCCGAUCCUGGAGAAGCUCAAUACCGACACGGACGUGGACGUGAAAUACUUUGCCUCGGAAGCGAUGGUGAGCAGUGCCGCAGCCUAAAUAAAGCAUAAUAUAAACGGGUGAAGGACAAACACACAUAAAAUCGGAACAAGCAACAAGUUCAACAUCUUAAUUGUUGUGUACGAAAAAAAAGCUGUAGGGUUAGGGUCGAGGAAGAUUUAUGUAUGUCGUUUGGUAACUAUUAAUACGCAGUUUGAAGAAACACACACGAAACAAAACUAGACUUUCCCAUUUUCCUCUCUUAAAAAAGUGUUUAAACCACGUAAAUACAAACACACACAAGUACAUGCUCGCCGAAUGCUGACCGAAUGUUAGCAAUACUUUUGCGAACAUUCAUUAGUUCGUUUUUGGUAUGAAAAGAAAAGAAUUAACUACUUAACAGGAGAGUAAAGUCGGGGUUAUAAAACAGAAAAAGAGGGGAAAACAGAGCAAACAUAACUGAGGAGCGCAAAUCAUCAGUGUUGUUGUUUGUAGCAUUUUCUUGCUGCGCUUACCGUUGCCGUAUCACUUAUCUUAGACCUAUGCAUUCAAACCAUGGGAACAGAUGGUUCUUAUAUUGUGGAUAAUGGGCAAACAAUGUUGCAGAAAUUGGUCCCCUAUUCCGCUAGGAAAAUGAGAAAAAAAGGAAAUAGAGAACAAUGAAGUCCUUGUGAACAAAAUGCUAAGGUGAAGUGCGCGGGAAAACAAUAUUCACACAAGACGAAAGAUAACUACUGUACACACAAUAGGCACACUUACACUCAUUAACACAUUAUCUUGUAUUUUGUUUUAUAUAUUUAAUAUGUAACAUUUCAUCGCUGGAAAAUGUAAUUUCCUUAUUAUUCCUACAUCGUUUAGUGUCCUCUUUAGCGCUACUUCCAGGCGUAACGCAUACUCUCUCAACCUGCAGAUGGUGGUAGUGAGACGCUAUAGUAGCAGCGUUUUGUCUUCGUUUCCUGUUGGAGAAACCGCGCAAAUAAUGUUUAACGAACAAAUUACAUUUUUUCUACCAUCACGUGGGUGUCGAAAAUAGGGUUUGCGUCAUUUUGCUGCAGUGUAAAAUCCGUUUGGAAAUUUGUUUGAAUAUUGUUUUUGAAACAUUUGUAAAAACAAACCCUGAGAUAAAGAGAGAGAGAGAAAGAGAGAGAGUGCCAAGCGCUUUCGCAUGUGAAGUAGCGUUUUUGCUAAAUUGAAUGACGUUCUGCGAUGUGUAUCGUUUCUUUUUUUCCUUUGACAGGCAGGUGAUAGUCCGGACUCGUUCUAUCAACAUUUUUCUUUUCUAAAAUGUUAAAAUAUUUCUUCUCUAACGCCUAAGUUUAUUCUAAACAUAUAAAUAAAUAUAAAACACAUUAUAUAUAUAAUGGAGUAAAGCAAAUUGGAAAAGGCGAUCGUUUGGGAAAUAAGAACGUUAGAGCAAGCUCGGGUACGGCAGAAGUAAUCUACAUAUGACACAGCUACGUCGUCGUUGAUAGGCAUUGAAGCAUAGUAAUAAAACGCAAACCAAACACACAAAAAAAUGGAACAAAACAAUAGGUGUCACUUUUGAUGUUGAACGUUUAGUGUACCGAAAUAUAUACCCCGAGUCUUUAUCGCCGUGAUUAAUCCAUCA